AUGAAAUUUCUUACCAUUGCUGUCAUUUGUGCUAUCGCUUCUGCAGCUAGCGCUGCUACUACCCAAGGAGGAGGUCAAUCCGGAGGACAAGUGGAUGGACAAACAGGUGGACAAGCGGGUGGAAACACGAAAAAACCCUGCGAGGGUAGAACUGAUGAAGAAUGCGUGGAACCUGAAUGCUACAAGUAUAUAGGGGUUACACACGAUCCCAAAGCCAAUGCCGGCGAGAGAUGGGGAUACAAAUUUGAGUGCCAGGAGCCAAGACCCUAA